UUUGGACAUAAUCAAGACUCUUUAUAUAGGAGAACACAAGUUGGUCUUAAAGAUAAGAUGAGGGCAGAAUUAAAAUAUAAAAUAAGACAUAAAUUACCACUUGGUGUAUUUAGUAAGGUUAA